AUGGAAGCCCCCCUGCAGCACCAGCACCCAGUCGAGGAGGAGGCAGAGCACCCCCUGGCCAGCGGCGGGUGGGCUCCCUUCGUAGUAGGGCGCUGCUGGCUCUUUGGCGGCUACGACGGGAUCGCACGCGCCGCUACCGCCUCCCUGUGGCGAUGGGACCUGGGCGCCGGCGGCGAGGCAGCCGCCGCCACGGCCACCAAAAUGUUUAUCCACGGAGGUCAGGGUGAGGAGGGCUUCGACGACCUCUACAGCUACAGCUUUGACAUGGGUGUGUGGUCGCGUCUGCCGAGCAAGGGGGCGGUGCCAAGCGCCAGGAGCGGGCACACGCUGGUGUGGCACGGCCUGGCACGCGACGACCUUCACGAGGAGGAAGGCAAAUUGGCCGAAUCGAGAGGAGGCGCGGGUCACCUCUACCUGUUCGGCGGGUGCGACGCCGCCUCGGGCUCCCACAGCGCGCAGCCGUUCUACCGCUACGCCCUCGAUCGCGGGGAGUGGGAGGUGGAGCAGGGCUCGGGAGUGGUACCCAACCGGUAUGGCCACACGGCGGUAGUGCACGACGGGGCCAUGUGGGUCUUUGGAGGCGUCGACGAGGACAACACCUACGCCAACUCCGUCUACGUCUACCACUUUGGUACGCGGAGCUGGCGGCGUCUUCCCUGCUUCGGGUCGCUUCCGGCGCCCCGCACCCGGCACGCCGCCACCCUCUACGAGGCCCGACUCAUGCUCGUCUUCGGCGGGUGCGACCGGGGCGGGCGCUGCUUGGACGACCUGUGGGUCCUCGACCUCGACUCCCACGUCUGGACAUGCCUCGGGCCAGCCUCCUCCUCCUCCUCCGCCGACGUGGCUGCUGCCUCCACGUCCGCCGCGAAGGGGUCGACCACCGCCGCCCUAAAGGGGAAAGAAAAGCUGGCGGACAACGAAGACGAAGACGAUCACGCGGCCGAGGGAGGAUUCGGCACGGGCCGCGGGAGGAACGACGGCGGAGUGGCCAUCGGGCCGGAGGGAUCACAAGAUGGUGGCUGGGGCGAUCGCCUUCUGGUCAUCGGGGGCAAGGGCGUGGGCAGCUCCUACCCCGCACACUUUGCCUUCCAGUGCGUGCUCGGCAAGGCGCUGCUGGCUCGCCGCGGGCCGCGCUUCUCCGAGGGCAGCAUCGCCUCCCACGGCAAGGUCUACACCUUCGGAUUCGGGAAGCACGGCCAGCUGGGCCUCGGCACGCUCUGCCAAUCGGCGGAGCCCACCAUCGUGCCGACCCUCGUCUCCGCCCAGGUCGUGCAGGUGGCGUGCGCGGGCGCCAAGACCUACGCCCUCACUGCUCAGGGUCUGGCGUACGAGUGGGGCGGGGAGGGAGAGCGAGCGACGUGGCGCUUCUUCGGCGAGGGGAAGCUGAUUCCGCGCCUCGUGCGAGGUCUCGCCCACCGACAAACCGCCGCACUCGCGCCGGCCUGCCUCCACACCGCCGCCCUCACCCACGGCGGCAAGCGAGGCACGGAGGAGGUCUACCUGUGGGGCGAGGAAUCGGCGCCCACCCAGAAGGGAGCCACCGCGCCCCAUCCGUUCCUGCCUCUCCGCGGCCUCCACGUGGUUCAGCUGGCCUCCACCGCCCUCUCCACCGUGGCUCUCACCGAGGAGCAGCUGGUCUACGAGUGGACGCUCGGGCGUGACACCCAGAUGCGGCUCGUGGAGUGCCCCUCCACCGAGAGUCCCCUCUCCGUGACCCAGGUGGCGUGCGGCGGCUCCCACUGCGGCACGGGCAACACGGAGCAGGUGAAGGCGCCCACCUUGGUGCCGGGGCUCUCCCACGUGCGGAGGGUGGCGUGCGGGGACAACCACUCGCUCUGCGUGACCAGUGACGGCGCCCUCUACUCCUUCGGCCAGGGCAAGCACGGCCAGCUGGGCCACGGCACGCGCCUGGACUGCUGUACGCCCACCCGCGUCGAGGCCCUGCUCGACGUACCCGUGGUGCAGGUGGCGGGCGGCGGCGGCCUCGGCGUCUCCCAUUCUGUCGCAAUCACUGCGCAGGGCGACUGCUACACGUGGGGCGGAGGCAAGUACGGUCAGCUGGGACACUCGCACACCACGCAGGACGAGCUGGAGCCCCGCCUCGUGGCCUCCCUGCGCGGCAAGCGUGUGGUGGGAGCGGCCUGUGGGUGGCUGCACACCGCCCUGCUCAUCGACGAGCCUAUCUCUGCCCACCAGGCGACCGAGGCCAGGCAGGCGCACGAGGCGUCGGCCAUGGGCAGGUUUGAGGUGUGUCCCAACGAGCUCCUCUACUCGGUGCUCUCCCUCCUGGACGUGCGCAGCCUCGCUCAGCUCGCCCAGACCAACUCGACCUUCAAGCUCAUCGCCGAAGACGACGAACUGUGGCGGGCGCUGUUCGCGGCACAGAGGCGCACGCAGACGCCCUGGAUGAGUCCCGCGCAGGUGGCCACCGAGGCCCACGACAUUGCCGAGCGCCGAGAGCCGUGGAAGGCCGCCUUCAAGACCGCCUUUGGAAGGAUCUCUGGGGGCGAGAGCGCUGGGAGUAGCGCGAGCAAGGGAGGCCGACUGGCCUCCCUGUUCGGACGCUCGUUCGUGGGGCGCCUCUUCACGGGCCGUCGCGAGGCCCGCAUCCUCAUGGUGGGGCUCGACGCUGCUGGCAAGACGACCAUCCUGUACAAGCUGAAGCUGGGCGAGGUCGUCACCACCAUCCCCACCAUUGGCUUCAACGUGGAAACGCUGGAGCACCGCAACCACAACCUCACGUUCUGGGAUGUCGGAGGACCAGACAAGGCACCCCCACACCCGAUCCUCUGCUGGUCACCCCUGCCCGAGAUCGCUAUCCGGCCGUUGUGGCGGCACUACUACCAGAACACGCAGGCCGUGGUCAUGGUGGUGGACUCCAACGACAGGGAGCGCAUCGGGGAGGCAGCGGCCGAUCUCCACCGCAUGCUGGCCGACGACGAAUUGAGGGACUGCGUGUGCCUCAUCUUCGCCAACAAGCAGGACUUGCCCUGUGCCAUGACCCCGGCCAAGGUGGCCGAGGGCCUGGAGCUGGGCAGGCUGCGCAACAUGCCGUACCACCUGCAGCCGUGCUGCGGUCCCACCGGCGACGGGCUCUACGAGGGCCUCGACUGGCUACUGACCGCCCUCGAACGCAAGCGAGGCUAG